UCACGUCCCGAUUCGACUCGUCUUCCCACAGUUCAUCGUCAAUUGGGUUUGGAUUAUGAUGAGAAGGUUUUGCCCUCCAUCUGUAAUGAAGUUUUGAAGGGUGUCGUAGCCAAAUUCAAUGCAUCCCAAUUGAUUACACAGCGUGCUCAAGUUUCCCUUUUAAUUCGCAAAGAAUUGGUGGAACGUGCCCGCGAUUUCAACAUCAUUUUGGAUGAUGUUUCCUUAACAGAAUUGAGUUUUGGAAAGGAAUAUACCGCCGCUGUUGAAGCCAAACAGGUUGCCCAACAAGAAGCCCAACGUGCUGUGUUCUUUGUUGAACGCGCUAAACAAGAGAAACAACAAAAGAUUGUUCAAGCUGCGGGUGAAGCUGAAGCCGCCAAAAUGUUAGGUCUGGCUGUUAAACAGAAUCCCGCCUACUUGAAAUUGCGUAAAAUCCGUGCUGCUCAAAGCAUAGCUAGAACCAUUGCCAGCUCACAGAAUAAGGUCUACCUCUCGGCUGACAGCUUGAUGUUGAACAUCCAAGACUCCGGCUUUGAUGACAUGACUGAAAAAGUUUACAAAAUUGGCGUUGAUUAUUGGCUUGAUGGAUCCACAAAGACUUUAGGCAAACAUUCCUUGGGGACAAAAAGUGUGGGAGCAUUAGCUCACCACACGGCAGAUCGUUUGGUCUAGCAAAAUAUGCAACACAAUGAAUAAUUAUGUGCCUUACGUUUUUUGUUUGUUAACAAAUUUAUCUUCCGAAUUGUUUUCAAAAUGUAUUUUUAUACUGCUGCUGAAAAUCUAAAUUUUUGAAAAAUGUUUUUUGUUUUUCAAAUUGCAAUAAAUUGUCGUACCUUUUUAGUACAAAA